ACUUAAUUUUUAUUAUUAUAAAUACUAUUAUCGCAUGAGAAACUCGAACGAGGCGCGCGGAUGCCCGCGGAGCCGCAGGAAUUCCGGCGAAUUCCAAACGGAGCCGUGCGCCUGCGCGAGCAUUCUCGGGAAUUCCCGAGAAUGCUCGAGCAGUCACGAGCGGCCGCUGGCAAUAUCCCGCCCCUCGCCCCGACGCCCGCCGCGUGCGUCUGUUGUGCGCGGGCAUUCGCUAUUUCGCAUUCAUUCCUUGCAGUGCAACGAAUACAGAAGUAAUGGAAAUGGAUGAAGAAAAGCUUAUUUAUUUGGUGCAAAUGUACGACUGCCUGUACAAUAUAAAAUCAAGGCAUUACAGCGAUAAACAUAUGAAAAAUAACGCUUGGCAAAAAGUGGGCGCUGAAAUGAAUAUGUCUGUGGAUGAUUGCCAAAAGUCUUGGAAGAAAUUACGAGAUAGUUAUAGAAAGGGCAUUUCAUUAAGAGAGAGUAGAAGUGGGUCAGCUAGAAAAGUAGAACGCCCAUUAAAAUUUGAAAAAGAAUUAGAAUUCAUAAAACCCUUCAUGAAAAGCAGGAAACAAAUUUCAAAUUUAACGAGUUCGCCAGAAGAUACAGAUAUUACCACAGAUGGCGAAUAUCAGUCUAUGUCCCCAAGACCACAGUCGCAGUUAUCACCGUCACCACGGCCACAGUCGCAGUUAUCACCGUCACCACGGCCACAGUCGCAGCUAUCAAACCGGACCUCUUUAUCCAACGAACAGCCUCUCAAAAUGUCAAAUUUAUUGUUCAAACAAUAUAUUGAAGAAAAGAAAAUGGAAGAUGACCCAACUAUUAGCUUUUUCUUAACCAUGGGCCGAACUGUGAAAACAAUGCCUAAAAAUAUUCAAGCCAAAUUAAAAGGAGAAAUUUUUCGCCUCAUAAAUGAAACGGAAAUAAGACUUGCCGAUGACACCGGUGGUAACAUGACACGAGAUACAGCUGAAUUCGACUUAUCUGCCACAGGAAAUAAUACAACCAUAUCACCUUCUUCCGAAACGACCCGUGAAUUCAUCGCGUGCGGGCUCGAGAUGGCGCGCGGAGUCCCGCGACUUCUCGCGCAUUCCAGCGACUUCUCGAGCAGUCGCGGGAAUCCUCGCGCCUUCUCUACCGAGCGGGUCGCUGCGCUCCGCUGCCCUUCGCCGCUCUUUCGGUGUGAACCUCCACAAGCUGUUCCUCCCACUCAAGUCACUGCCAAUCAAGUAGCCAAUCAACUCUUGAUAAAUGGUAAACCUCCGAGUCGCCCUACCAAACUACCAGAACUCACCAGCCCUCUACCUACAUGUGACUCCAUUAGUAAACCUUUUAACUUGACCGAGAUCAUCACGGUCAUUAAAGGACUCAAAUCUGGUAAAGCAGCUGGAGUGGACGAAAUGUCUGUCAACAUGAACAAAUCCAACAUCUUGGACCAGUCGCUGACUUAUAAAUCUAACUGCAAGAGCGUCAAAAAGAAGGUCUAUGCUCGGAACAAUCUCCUGCGGAAACUGAACUCAACCAGCUGGGGCGCGUCACCUAAGGUUCUCCGCACGACCGGUUUGGCACUAUGCUACAGCGCCGGCUGCGAAGAUAUGUCUCAUGAGAGCAACUCCCGCGUCACUUGUCGAACGACCCUUUGUGAAACUAAACUGUUGCUCGUGUAG